AUGUCAAAACCAGACCGAUUCAAUCACCCGCCUUUGGUCGACACCAAGUGUUUCUGCAGAGCAGACGGAGGAGGAGGACUAAAAACAUCAAACCCAUGUCUCAAACCUAACGUCAAGCCAUCGAUUCAUCCCAUCGGUCGAGUCGAAAAAACCAGGAACCAACCAACCUUAAUUCCCUUCCUCCCCGAUGAUCUCGCGAUCGCUUGCUUAAUCCGCGUCAAUCGAAUCCACCAUUGCAAACUCCGCCUCGUCUGCAAAAGAUGGAAUCGUUUGUUAUCAAGCAAUUACUUCUACUCCCUUCGAAAAAACUCGAGACUAACCGAGGAAUGGUUGUAUGUCAUGAAACGAGAUCACAAACAAGGAAAAACAACUUUCCAUUCGUUCGACCCGGUACACCACAUGUGGCAGACUCUUCCCCCGGUUCCAAAAGAAUACAAUACAGCAAUCGGGUUUGGAUCGGCGGUUCUAAGCGGUUGUCAUUUGUAUUUAUUUGGCGGGAAAGACCCUGUUAAAGGUUCAAUGAGACGUGUUGUUUAUUACAGCGUGAAAACGAAUAAGUGGCAUCGAGCUCCUGAUAUGCUUCGCCGGCGACAAUUCUUCGUGUCGUGUGUUAUAAAUAACUGUCUUUAUGUAGCUGGCGGUAAGAACGAAGGUGCGACGACAAAUCCUCCGUCGAGAUCUGCGGAAGUUUACGAUCCUACGAAGAAUCGAUGGUCGUUCAUUUUGGAUAUGGAUGUUGGAAUGGUUCCGGUUUCCAGCAUUGUCUAUAGAGGGGAGUGGAUUUUGAAGGGGAUCGUUAGCGGGUCAUAUCGACCCGAAUCGAAUAGAUGGUUUUCUGUUUCAGGCGGGUUAGUUUCCGGGUGGAGGAAUCCGUGUGGGACUUUAAACGGGAAGAUUUAUGCGUUGGAUUGCAAAGAUGGAUGUAGAAUAAGGGUUUAUGACGAGAAGGAUGAUUCUUGGAGUAAGCGGAUUGAGAGUCAGAUGCAUAUGGGGAACUCGGAAGCUUUUGAGGCUCGAGUUGUUAUCGAGUUAAAUGGUAAGCUUUGCAUUGUUCGAAACAAUAUGAGUAUAUCGAUGGUUGAUGUUUCGAAAUGCAAUGAUAUGGAUGAAGGUAUCAUUGUGGAUGAGCAUUUGUGGGAAACAAUAACGGGAAAGGGGCAGUUUAAAACGUUGAUGACAAAUAUCUUCUCGAGCUUGGCUGGUCGAAACCGAGUUAAGAAUCAUGUUCUUCAUUGUCAAGUUCUUCAAGCCUGAUGAGUUCGAGAUCCUGGAUGAAAAACUGUUAAUAAAUUUCUGACCAAUGUUGAGCUUGAUCUUAUUUGGAUCAAUAUACAUAUGAGAAAUGAGAUAC